AUGUCUGAGCAGCAGAUAAACAGUCUAUUCCAGAAACUGACAGCUUUUUUAAACUUUCUGCACUAUUUGACUCACUCGGAGUUUCAUCUCACCUCGGUUCAGCAGUGUGCUCUUCUGUCUUAACAGCCAGGUCCUUGGAAGUUUUACUAUCUGGUUUGAACCUGAGCUAGUGGGAGCAUCACAAGGACCACUGGGUUACAAUUACUGAAACAGUAACUUUAACCAUUCCUACUUUUGGAAUUCAUGGGCACGAGCUAAACACAAUCCAAUUUUUUGUUCCUGCUAAAUUUUAAGUAACUAAUCAUGCAUUUGAAAACUGGACUACUGUUUAUCAUCUUUUUGUUUACCUAUCAUGUUUUUGGAAGAACAGACGUGCACAGUCAAGAAAAUCUGGGAGAAGUUAAGACUCGUGUUAGUAUUCCUCGGCCAGGAGGCCUAAUAAAUAUUUUAAUGACAACCAAACGGUCAUCAGCGAUCAAGACAAUAUUUGAUUUGGAAAGACACCGGACGAAAAGAUCGGCCUUAUUCCACACAGGAGUGAAGGUCUGCCCUGAAGAAUCAAUCAAACAAAUCAUAGAAAGCCACCAAGCAUAUUACAAACUGAGAGUUUGCCAGGAAGCCGUGUGGGAAGCCUUUCGGAUAUUUCUGGACCGAAUUCCAGAGACGACAGAGUACCAGAGCUGGGUGAAUACCUGCCAGCAAGACUCCCUGUGCAUCACUGACAUUGCGAAGAACUUCAGCAGCUCACCAGAACAUGUUGAUAUGGUUCUAAGGAGAGUUACUUUCAGGGAAGAAAAUCUCCAAGAAAGGGAGGUGAGGAAUACUGAAAAGCCUACAGUGACACAAGCAACUCCAGAACCCACGAGAGCUUCUGUGGAAGCCGUUACUGCUUCAGCUCCAGACGUGUCAACUCCUGCUGAUACCCUGCCUAAUGAAAUUGUGAACGGCACAAUGGUCUCAGAGGAGGACUUGGACCUUACUAAUGCGGUGCCUGAAGAGGCAGUGGAACAGGUUGUAGAGUUCAGUAUCACUCUCACCGAUCAAGACUACAGUGAGAUACUGAGCAAUCCCAGCACCCCUCAGUACCAGGACCUUGCCAGAAGCUUCAAAGGCCAGAUGAUGCAUGUUUUUGACAGACUUCCUGGAUUUAAAGGAAUUCGAGUGUUAAGAUUUGGGCGAAUAAGUGACCAUGCUGGAUCUAGCAGUGUUGCAGUCCACUAUGCUGUGGUCUUUGAAAAAGGCGAUGCAAACAUGAACAUUGAUUCUAAUAAAGUUGAAAGCGAGAAAGGGCCUUUUGGUUCUGAGUUGCAGCCGGAUGACAAGCCACCCGGUGUAUACACUGUGUCCACCCUUCAGGAUCUGGUGGACAAGGCCCUGCACGAUGAGAAAGCACUUCAGAUGGACUUCGCUUCACUUAGAUUCCAGGAAGACAAUAUGAACCAAGCAGCUUUCACUUCAACAUCAGCAACUACAGAAAUAGAACCACAUUUCUUAAACGAGCUACCUGGUUCUUCGAUAGACCCAGCUGUUGAAGCAGAACAGCCUGACCAGUCUAUGGAAAGUGUUUCUAAUGUGAAGCAGCUGGUGGAUGAACAUUUGGACCAGGAGGCCACUGUUGAACCUGUCACUGGAAUCGUAUUUACAGAGCCUGCCAGCAGUGCCAUGCCUUCUGCUACACUGAUAACAGCUGACGAAUCAGAGUUCAUUUACAUUUAUCAGUAUGAGCCAACAAGCAUGCCAGUCCUUACUACAACACAAUCAGCCCCAAUCCAAGAGGAGGACAAGGCUGAAACUGUGUUGAUACAAGUAACAGACUCAACACUGGAAAGUUCUGUACCAUCUUCAAGUGACUUGGACACCAGUGACUAUAUGGAAGACACUGUGUCUGAAACUAGCACACAAAUGCUCCUUCCCACUACCAGCCAGGAUCCCCCGUCUCAAGAAACAGUAACCGCUCAUCCUUUAGUGGAUGGUGAUCACAAAGAGAUGACAAACUUCACGAGACCUGUAACAACCGCCCUAACUCAACAACCACCUACUGAAUUCAUCACAAACUUUCAGCCAGAAGAUACCAAUGUGAUAUUGGAAGACGACAAUAGCAACAUCCAUAUAGGCCUUGGGGGGGAAAUGGCUGAUGUUGAAAACGAUGUAGCUGUGCUUCCAUUGUCAACAUCGCAACCGAAGUCUGCUACCACUAUAGCAGAUAUUAAGAUUGGAGAAGAAAAGGAACUGUCUGGAGACACUGAGACAUUGGGUAUACUGCCUGAAGGUGAAGAAACUCUGCUUCGACCUGAUGAGAGCCCAGCAGCAUCACCCACUCUUGAAACACAGACAGACCUGCAUAUUGUACAGGAGUCAGAAGAUACAGACCUGGAUAUUGUACAGGAGUCAGAAGAUACAGACCUGGAUAUUGUACAGGAGUCUGUUACAAUGAUUUCUCAAACAGAGGAUCAUCUUUUCUCUUCUGCUCCAGAAACUGUUUCCAUGCAUUUGUCGGUGAAUGUAGGACCUUUUGAAGAAUCUGUCACUGUUACCCCAUUAACUAUUGAAGUGUCAACUACACCUAGUGUUACAAUCAACAAUCCAUCCACCACUGAAUCAGUAAUAACAGAAUCCACAUCGGAGUCCGUCACUGAAUCCACUGGAUCCCCAACAGUAGCCUUGCCUUUGACUGUCCAAACUGAAACCGCAGUGGAUGUUGAAGAAAUGACAGAGACUUCUGUCUUAAAUGUAACCACAACCACGGUGGCUCCUGUCCUUACAGAUCCCGGGUCUCCAGCACUGCAGCCAACAAUGGCUGAACUAGUGACAGACACUUCACCUGUCAUUACCGAUGUGGAUUUAGACUUUGAAGUAGGAGUCAAAGACAUUGCUGCUGGGCUGGACAACAUUGACGUGGUGAACACAGCAACUACUGAUGAGCUUGAGUAUGGCAGCGCAUACACUUCUUUUACCAGAGACAAUCCCUUUGAAGCCACAGCUUCUCCCCCCCUGAAAUACUUGACCACACCGUCAAUGACCAUGACGAGCCAGGGCAAAGAGCUUGUGGUGUUCUUUAGCUUGCGAGUGACUAAUGUGAUGUUUUCAGAUGACCUCUUCAAUAAGAGCUCUCCUGAAUACAGAUCUUUGGAGAACACGUUCCUUGGAAUGUUACUACCUUACUUACAGUCUAACCUAACAGGAUUUAAACAGCUGGAGAUUCUCAACUUCAGGAACGGCAGUGUAAUUGUUAACAGCAAACUGAAAUUUGCCAAGUCUGUGCCAUACAAUGUCACACAGGCCGUUCACUGUGUUUUGGAAGACUUCUGCAAUGCUGCAUCCAAACGUCGUGACAUUGAAAUAGACAGUUACUCACUGGAUAUAGAGCCAGCUGAUCAGGCAGAUCCUUGCAAGUUUAUGGCAUGCAGCGAGUUUUCCAGGUGUGUGGUAAACAGAUGGACCAAAGAAGCCGGGUGUGUGUGUGAUCCUGGCUACCACAGUGAGGAUGGACUGCCCUGUCAGAGUGUCUGUAAUCUACAGCCAGACUACUGCCUCAAUGGUGGGCUGUGUGAAAUAAUACCAGGGCAAGGAGCUGCUUGCAGAUGCCCUGUAGAUAAGCACUGGCUGUACCGAGGAGCACGCUGCACUGAACUGGUGGCUCUGCCAGUAAACCCGUGCAUUCUCAUAGCUUCAGUUCUUGGUUGCCUGACCCUUGUUUUUGCCGUGAUAUGUUUCUUAAUUUUGAUAAACCGAAAAUGUAUACGGACCAGAAAGAAAGUGGUGUACCCAGAUACCACUACACAACCAGGCCUGAGCAAUUAGUUUUAGAAAAGGUGGAUUUCCAUCGCCGCCUCCCGCACAGUGAGAUAUGACGAUUACCAACGUCAGGGGAAUACAGAACGUCCUGUUGACCACCAAGAGGGGUCCAAAAUGAUGAUAUGUAUGAAGUAACCGUGUUGUGAGAUCAGAUCCGUAGCGUCUCGCUUUAGUUGAACAAAAAGAAAGCAUGGACGGGUACUCUUUUCCGAGAUCUCUGUGCUUUACUAGAAUGAUUUCUCUUUAGGUCUAUUUGUGUUAAGUGCUGCACAACAGAUUAUUUGGCUCAGUUGAAUCGUGGUUAGAAUAAAACUGAGGGCAAAGGUUUCAUAUGACUUGGUGUGAAUUAAUCAUUACCGAUCUGGAUUUACUUGUAUUAGUAUGAAUGUGGAUGUCUGCCACUCAGUGUUCCUCAUUCAUUUUUACAAAACCUUUAACAUGGUUGAUUUAGGUAUUAUCUGAAUUAAUAGAUUAGGUAUACUUGUCAAAGGCUUAAUACAAUUGAGGGAACAGUUUACUUACAUUUUGAUACAUGUAUUUCUAUUGUUAAAGAAAAUUUCCAUUGAACUUCAUAUAUUACUUUUUUUUUUUUUUACUGUUACGGCAGUGUCCCAAAUAUUUAAAAUAAUUUGAAUAUGGUAAGUUAUGAUUCAUGCCUAUUUCUGAUUUUAUUUUGUAUAUUAAAACUACUCUACACUAUGUAAUGAUCAAUAUUUAGUUUAGUAUUAAUGAUGCAUCAGGACACAUAUUUGUUUUCAUUCAUGAUUUUCGGAAACAUUUUUAAAAUUAAGUUUUGCUUAAUGAUGUCUGAAUACUAUUGAAUUAACUCUUACUAUACAUUCUUUUUGUUCAUUCUGCACUGCAAAAAAAAGUAUUUGAUGUACAUAAAUAGUGUAAGAAAAACCUUAUACAUAAAAAUCAUGUUUGAGUAAUUCGAUUAAUAUAUUAGUACUAAGGUUACACUCAUAUAAAGACAUGGUGUAGUUUGUGAGAUUCAUUUUCUAUUUAAAUGUUAAACUUGAAAUGAAAGGAACUGCUUCUAACUGAUUGAUUCUUCUUUUUAUUUAUUUUACUAUAAAUAGUUGGGUUGCAGCAUUCAUUCUCUUAUUUCACGGCACAAUUCUUUUGAGUGGUUUUAGACAGAACAACCUAUUUUAAAUACGAUUCAGGAAUGCUUAGGAACACAUGAUGGUUUUUGAUUUAAAGAGGUAGUUUAUUAGAGUUCCUCAAAGUGCAUAGGGCUGCUGUUCAAACGAUCCUGACAACAUCCCGUGCCUGGAAAGCAUUAUUCAAACAGCAUGUUCCUGCCUCGUGCCUGCCAGACUACCAACAAUCCCUAUUUAUUACCUGAUCUGGCCCAUAUGGAGUCUCUAUAUGGGGCUUUCUGCUGGCGAACAGCAGGGUUCAUGUUAUCACAAUUAAACACCUAGUCUAAACGCUGGGUGACAAAUAUUUACACCAAAACUGCACAUGGAGAAGACAUGCUGUUCUAAAGCCAGAGAUAUUUUAAAAUCCUAACAUAUUGUUGGUGUUUGAAGGCUUCAUUUUAUAGCUAAAUAAAAUUUAUGAAACAUAUGUGUACAUUUAAUGUUACAGUUACCUACUGUACUUAUAGUCUAUGACAGGUGUUUCUGUAGUAUCCCUUUGACUUAAUAUACAUUUUUAUUAUCAACCUGCUUGACCCAAAAACAAAUGCUAUAGUGUGGAAAAAGCGCUAUAGUCACCAAACUUGUCUGAAAUGCAUAAGCAUGAGUUGGUUGAUAGGCAACCAGGUAUUUGCAUCACUGAUCUGCUACACUAAUGGGGAACAGCAUGUUAAGCUAAAACUAAAUGAAAGUAAUUGUAAUGUAUGAAUUCAGCUUAAUACAUUAGAAAUAAUAUAAUAAAACUAAUGUUUUUUUUUUUUUUUUCCAUAACUAAUGUAAUUCCAUGGAAAUGUUUGUGUGACAGUUCCAUCUCAUUAUAGAACGCUCACAGGUGGGUCGUUAAUCCAUUUUAUGUGCUCCUAUUAUCUUAUAUUAUUAUAAUGUCCUUCUAUUGUUGUGCUCAGAAUCUUUAUUUAUUUAUAUAAAUACAGCUAUGGCCAUAAGUUUUGUAUCACUCUAUUGAAAUAACACAUUUUGCUUCAUAAAGUCAAAUGAAACCUGCUGAAUAAUGUUACACUAACAUAUUGAAUUACAUACCGCUUUGUAGUUUUCCAUAAACUUAUCAAAAAACUGAUCAAUUAAAAAAUGUGAAACCUAACAUGAAAUACUGUUCUACUACUAUGCUUCCAGUAGACUUUGGCAUAUCAUUUUGUAGUUUCUUUGAUUACAUGAAGUCUCAAUCCUAAAAUUAUCGAUGAUGCAAAACUUUUAGCCAAAGCUAUAUAUAUUUUAUAUAAAUUCAAGAUAUGCAAAUAUUUCAAAUAUUACUCGAUAGUAAACGGCCGCACACACACACUAUAGAUGAAGUAACAGGAACUUAUUCUAUAGCGUUUUCAUUGAAGUAUCUGCAUAUUCCAAAUGGAAGUAUGAAAUACAAGUAAAGAUCCAAAGGAUAUAAGGGCACAGGGACAGUGAUGAUGUUGCUAGUGCUAAUCAUCGGCGGCGAUCACUCGAGUCGGGUAUGAUUGUCCUCCAUAGGUCUUCUAUUUGUGGGUCUUCAGAUGGCUGUAAAGGCCGAUCCGGGAGCCACAUAUUUUGGUGCAGUGUGGGCAGGGGUGAGUGUUGGUUAGGUGGUAGGCACACAUUACAGAACACAAUGGCAACCCUUUUACACUUUUUAGCUGCACAUAGGUCUGUAAGAGUGUCUAAAAUGUGACAGUGUAAAACCAUGCUAGCUAUAAACAUCGAAUAAAACACAUCACAGUAUCCUUAUUUUAACAUUUGAAACAACACAAUCAGUGCUGUAUUUUGAACCCCUACCAGCUUUCUCUUAAAACAAAAAACAAAAAAAGCACAAACACUAGGACAAAUGUGUUGAAUAAAUAUGGAAGAUGAUGUGUUUUAUGAAGUUAUCAAACUGAAUAAAUAUAAGACAUGCUGAUGUUUUUCAUGAGUAGCAAGAUGACCUCUGGCUUAUUUUUCUAGAUUUUUUUUUUUUAUUAUUAACAUUGAGACUAUACAAUUAUCUUCAAAAUGAAUGUUGCAGUGAUAGUCGAAUUGACCAUUAGAAUGUCAUUGAUCGACAAGUUUUUGCAACCUUGUUAUUUCUAUUGAUUUCAUUUCAGAGAUUUAGGUAAGGACUCAUGGGAGCUGGCUUUUGUCAACUGUUGAACAAUUAUUAGAAAAACCAUAACAAAUUUAAAAUACUUAUGUCUUAAUUUUGCCACCCAUGUAGAAAUGCAAAACCAAAUGUAGCAGCUUAAUCGGGUUAGAGGUUAGAAAUGUACAACCAGAUCUUUAGAAAUCAUAACUUUUCUUUAUUGCAGAGAGAUAUAUACACCUUUUCUAAUAUAAUCAUUGAUGCAUCAAACUGCUUUUUUUGUUAUUAAACUGUUCAAAAGCAUUUGUGAUGUGAUUUAUUAUACCAAAUGCAUUUGCUGUAUAGAAAACCUUUUUCUAUGCUAUGCUAAUAAAAAUGUAAAGAUCUUGUCAUGGUGCAACUGCUUUAAUAAAAACCUUUAUUAUUUUAUAUUCGUGUAAGAAUAUAAUUUUGUAUUGUUUAAAAAUAAUAAUAAUAAAUAAACCCACACACAGAGAUUGAGAAGAUAUCUAAAUAGUAGUUCUGAACAACACAGUAACACAGAAGAGCUCAUUACAUUACAUAGAUUAGGCUGGUUUAACGGAGAAUUAAGGUCCACAAAU